CACUCAUUCACCAUUUUUACAGGGCUUGGUUAUGCUGUGCACAAUUGAAGUAAUUUUGUUUCGUCUGUUUUACAAGCACAGUGACAUGCUUGGAUACUAGCCUUCAUUACUCUUCGCGAAGGUGAAAGCGGCCAUGCCUCAAGAACUUCAUGGCAUCAUCAGGAACUAAGCAGCCACCAUGAAAGGCCACCAGCUGGAGUGCAAGGUCUGCAGCCCUGGAUGCCUUAAGGCUACUCAACUGUGUUCCUUCAAGUCUUUCAGAAGAAAGGUCAUACUCCAUGUGGGAAAGUUUGCAGAGAUGAGUGCAAGUUGUACUGGCCCAUUGUAACGAAGUGUCCAAAAGCCUCGCAACCAUGGAGAGAGACCUGAGUACAUAUCAGGGCUCACUUGACUUGAAGCGAAAGGCCGAAGAGAAGCUCCUUUUAGAAGGGCCUACAGUGGUGCAGAAUAUUGACCCUUCUUACUACCGAAAAAAGUCGGCAGAGUCGGGUUUUGAUGAGGAAGAAUCGAGGCUAGAUGAAGAGUUGAAGAAGGCAGCCAGCAAAUUGCCCAAGAAAAGGAAGUUUGACUUCGACUUUAGUGAUGCAGAUGCUGCCUUUGGUAGCAGGAACAGCAGCAGCACAGCAGAACCCGUGCCUGGUGUAGAUCUUCGUGACUGGAAAAGCCACCGAGUUUUAGUGCGGCUCAAUGACUUGUAUGUGCCGGCUGUGAUCAAAGAUGUUGCUAGUGACCGCGAUGUGGUUGUUCAACUGGACAGCAGUCAGCAUCAGUUGUUUCGUGUUUGCGAUGUGUUUGACACAGCACGGCUUGAUGUGAUCGGUGACCACAGUCCCUCACCAGGUCAGGUGACAAUGGGUAUGCAGUUGUGUGUGCGUGUGGAAGACAAUGUGUAUGUCGAAGGUAUUGUUGCAGAAAUGCGGUCGCGCCCUUCUGUUCAGUACUUUGUGCGCUUCAUCAAGAGGCCCAGUGGUGUGUCAUGUGAUGGCGUGUGGGUGGCGCGUGCAGGAUUGCGACUUAGGCAACCUCCCUGGUGGGAGGACAUGGAACUUGCCUCUUCUGUGUCAUCAUCUCCCAUGUUUCCGCGAGAACCGGUGCCUCUUCUCCCACCACACCUAGUUGAGUCCAACAUGCCAUCUCUUCCACCACAGCAGCCCAUAAUUCAGCCACACAGCGUGUCAGUCAUCACAGAUGGCAUUCACAGGGUGAUGCCAGUCAAUCUGGCAGGAAACCUUGAGGUGGACAGAGCACUUGAUUCGGUGGGUACACCAAGGGCUCGCAAACUGACCGUGGGCAGCUCUCCCACUGCUGUUGGUGAUGAGGAUUCUUCGGAUGAUGACCUUAAGACAGGUCGUAUUGAGUUCGAUCCCAAUCCCAGCCCAUCACGUCUCAGUUUCUGUCAGGAUAACCUCACUCCUCGUUCACGGCUGGCUACGUCAUCUUCUGCCGAGAUGCGUGUGCUGACUCCACGUUCUCCUGCUGCACAGCAGAAAUACAAGAAGGGAGACAUUGUAUCUACCCCCAAUGGCAUAAGGAAGAAAUUCAAUGGUAAGCAGUGGCGACGUCUCUGCUCCAAGGAAGGGUGCACAAAGGAGUCGCAGCGACGCGGCUACUGCUCACGACACCUCUCUCUUAAGGGAAAGUCUGGCACAACUAUGCGCAAAGGCAGUGCGCCAGCUGCAACAUCAUCUUCAGCUCAGCAGCCACCAUUUCCCACUGGUGCAAUGCGUACAGGCACAGGGAGGGAGUGGGAGGAGUCAUCACGUGAAAGCAUCAGCGGUAGCCCUGGUGACAGGGCAAGCAGGGUACAAGGCCGUUUUGACUUGGAUGAGACAGAGGCUGCAAACAUGCUGGUUUCACUCGGAAACUCUCGGUCGGCAACGCCAUCUUCUUCGGCAAGCCCACCGGGCAGACCUGAGCUCUUUGCACCCAUUCGACAUGCUGCUUGGCCUCCCGAUUCCCAUUCGCCCGAGGGUGCCUUCCGGCCAACCACAGUGGUUGUGCACAGGCCGAGGGUGGUGAAGACCUCCGAGCCUGUCUCUGUGAUUCAGCACUCACUGCCUCCAGAAAAGCUGAUUGGUGAGCCUCAGACGACUGCAGCCCAGAUGGUCUUACUCCAGCAGGCACUGCAGCAGGGUCGGAGCUCACUCAGCGAAGCUCUGCCUACGUACAGUGCUAUACAGGUGGCACCACCCAAGGACUUGCAUGCUGGCAUCAAUGGACAGGUGGCGGUUGUUUUACAGACACCACAGCAGCAACAGCAGCAGCAUCCAAGUCCAGCCCACCUCCUGCCUGUCAUGCCUGUCAUAACCUCUAAUGGAGAAGCACAAAAAGGUGAACCUGCCUUGGAUGCGCCUGGAAGCGGGUGGAACGAUGGCAAGCCCAUUCCUGUCUUUCCUUGGCACUCACUGGUCCCAUUUCUGGGCACCCACCCGUCGCCACCCAGCAGUGCACCACCCACCGUGACUACUGCCCCUGUUCCACCAGAUGGUACUCAGCAAUCCAGCAAUGUAAACGACCAGGAGGAAGGCGAUGACGACGUGUUCGACAGCACAGAUUCACCUACAGCAAUUGUUGUGCCAUCUGCCAAGCGGAGAACACAAUCGCUAGGUGCACUCCCAAAGGAUGACCCCAAGAGCCCGCGCAAGGUCAAGGAGAAAGAACACAUCAGGCGGCCAAUGAAUGCAUUCAUGAUCUUCAGCAAGCGGCAUCGGGCACUGGUGCACAAGCGACAUCCCAACCAGGACAACCGCACCGUCAGCAAGAUUUUGGGCGAGUGGUGGUAUGCACUAAACCCAUCUGAGAAGCAGCAGUACCACGAUCUUGCCUUCAAAGUGAAAGAGGCACACUUCAAGGCACACCCCGACUGGAAAUGGUGCAGCCGGGAUCGCAAGAAGUCCAGCUCUGGAUCCCAGUGCAAGGACACCAUGCGCAAGUGCCUCAGUACCUCGGAUGACCUUGGUGCGCACUUGGCUUCUGGGGACAGCAGCGACCGCCAAGAGACUGAUAAUGCAAAAGAAGAGACCCCUGGCUCUAAAAAUGGAGAAAGCAGUGAGAAUCCUACUGUUGCACUUCCCUGGACUGAAAACACUUCAGAGUCUUCCAUAGGCAAUGUUGGCCCCGGAAACAAUGACAAAGACGGAGACGCAUCCAGUGAUGAGGAACGUAUGAUAAUCUGUGAAGAUGAGGGCGAUGGCGAUCCAGUCAUUGACCUCCAGUGCAAGGAAAGGGUGGUUGAGAGUGAUUCGGAAGGGGGCGCCUCUGAUGCCUCACCCCGCCUUUCGCCUGUGGGAGCUGGGGCACCAUUGGCCGAGGGCACCCAUAGGCCGACGCCCAUCAUGAGGGAGCCCAUGUCCCUGCUGGAGGCUACGCCACUGGCUGCUCCUCGGCCUCUGGGCGCUGCGGCCACCGCCUUUCACCCAACAGGCGCUGUCUUCAAGGGUGUGCAGUCUCCGAGCAAACGCAACUUGGCCCUAGACGAGAGGCAUCGUGAAUCUGUUUCUCCACUGCGACCAAUAGCAUCCAAGCCUCCAGCAGGCAUGGAGACCAUGCGGCAUGCACUGCUAGUUCCACCCACCUCCACAACGGGUGCACAGUAUGCCAUUUUGAGCCCACCAUUGAGCCGGACUGAGGGCGGUGCUGAUUGGCAGGACUUGUGCUGCGGGGCCCGUCGUUCAGCUGCAAGCCCACCCAAAGGGCCCGGCAAUAUUCUGAGGCCCGUGCAGUUGCCUGCUGCCGCCACACAAGUCCAGUACCUGCUUCCCUCCUUUACUGUCCAGCCUGGAUCUGUAGGGGUCAAAGGAGUGCUGCAAAUGGCCAUACCAUCUGGAAGCAUCCAACUUGGUACACCCAAUACAACAACUGUCGGCAAGGUCUUGGCAUCGCCACCAAUUGUGGUGUCAUCACCGCAUAGCCCAUCGCUACAAAGUGUCAUCGUGGAUGCUGCUAGCACCUUGCAGCCCCCACAGAUACACCUGACUCCUGCUGAGCCGUCAUCUUCACCACGGAUGCUGGCCUCUCCGAGUGCCCAUAGCCUGAUUCUGCCUGAAAGGUGCAACAAUUCACCAUCUGCUUCUCCUAAUCCUCCAAAGAUCCGUUGUGUCAUUCCAUCCAAAGGCUCAGUCAGGGGUGUGCUUCGGCGGUUGGACGAGUGUACUUGGGCACAACACUUCAAAGAUGGUCGGGGCUCCCCACUGGCCAUGCUAACCCCUCCCUCUGCUGCAACCGCGCCGCACGGCUUCAACAAAGCACUGGCUUCCUCUGGAGGCACUCCCCCCACCAGCUCACCUCUUGCUUCUUCGCCAGCGCGAUCUCGUGUCUCACCAUUUUUCACGGGUGUUCUGUCCAUGAAGUCUGGGAAUUUGACGCCCACCGAGCCAAAGCUAGACUCAAGUCCCCGGUCGCACCGUGGUUCUAAAGCUUUGGUUGCAUCACCCGCUACACCCGGUGCAGAAGCCCGAAUGCCCCCCAGUGAGAACUUGACUGACUGCAGCAAAGCUGUACGGCUUAAGCUAUACAUUACUUUUCAUUUUAUUUUACUAAAUGUUCAAUUAUUAUUUUUUUCUUUUUGGUGUACAGACACCAAGGCAAGCGGCAGGGGGCUUUCACCAGAAAGGUUGCUCAAGGUCAGCAAGACAAAGAAGCUUUUGGAGACUGGUGAUAUGACGCAUACUGCCAGCCCUCGCGAAGGUCCUCUGACUGGCUCCAGCCUACUUCGACCCAACUUGGAUGAGCAGCAAUGGCGGCUACCCCAGGUGCCAUUAGAGCCGAUUUACUCCUCCUCUGCGUCGUCCUUGGUGCUCGAAGCAGCAGCUCCACAAGAAGGGAGCCCUAAGCAGCAGCCAUUUGUGCUCGCACCAACGCCAGCCCAGCUGGGGCGUGCGCCGGGUCAACUGCACCAGCGCAAGAGCAGUGGUGCUGCAUCAUGCUCUCAGUCGUCCUCGCCGUCCGAGCCAUCCUGCCUUACAGAUCUCAGUGACAAUGCUAGUCAGUUGCAGCCACUGUACCCACCAAUGGUGAGCGCUACGGCUGAAGAGGGCUGUGUCAAUCGGGAAGACGGUGUUGUGCCCAGGGAAGACAGUGCCGCACCAGUGAAAGAAAGUCAAUCGCAGCAGCAACAGCAGCAGCAACAGCAGCAGCAGCAACAGCAGCAGCAGCAACAGCAGCAGCAGCAGCAAAGCAACAGCAACAGCAGCAACAGCAGCAGUCCGCAAAGGAACCUCUGCCACCACCGCCUGUGGCCUGCUGGACCACCUGCUAAAGAGGCCAAGAAGUCGGUGCUCAAACGAACUGUCAACGAUGGAAUGGACAAGGUGUUGGAAGAAGUGAACUUCAAGGCCCAGUUUGCCAAGCUACCUGAAUACAAGCCAGAGGAAUCGCCUUCCGGAGCGGCAUCUCUGCCCUCAUCGCCGUUUGUGCAGACCUACAGGAAGCGGCCAAAACCUUCAGAUGUGGCCGAGGACAAUGGUGAUCCGACUGGGUCCAAGUGUGCUACUGGGUCGUCCCCAGUGGGCACACCCCGCACUCCCCAGACCGCUGGGCCGAAGCUGGAAGGCACCAAGUUCUUUGGACCCAGCUUCAACCUUGACGUCCUGGCAGACACUCGAAAUGAUGCGUCUGAUGGUGAUGUAGGCUCUCCACGAACACCUAAGACACCAGCAGAAGGUGAGAAGAGUCAUUCAUCACUGCGGCGUACACUGGAGCAACGGCGCCAGCUUGUCAUGCAACUUUUCACCGAGGAAGGCUGGUUCCCUUCAGCACAAGCUACGGCUGCCUUUCAGCAGCGGCAUCGGGAUGUGUUCAGUAACAAAAACACACUGCAGCUCAAGAUACGUGAGGUGCGUCAAAAGCUGAUGGCUCAGAACAACCAAGCCAACAUUGCCACUACGCCGAGUGCUCAUGACACUACUGUUGAAGCACCUCCUGCCAAGUCGGAACCACCAAACGCCCCAGAACCCCAGACACCACGGACGGGGACAUGAAGGGCUCGGGGGACGCACACAAAGUUUGAAUAGGCUGUUGGGUGAUAGUGCGGGAUUAGAGAGGUGGCAGGCAGGGUGUGUCCUAUUUCUGCUGCAAUGGGGCUCAAUUUUAUUUUUUCUGUUUUUAUUGCCCUGGCAGCAUGCACUCUGCGAACCAAAAGCAGCUGUGGAGUCGCAUGCUGAUGAGGCAAGGUUCUUAUUUUUACUGGUUUUUAAUCGAGUUCCAAGUGUUGGGCCACUGCGAGCGAGUUGUGUAGAAGCAGGCUUUUAUAAAUCCCUGCCACAACCCCAGCGCCACUUUUAUUGUUUGUCUCUGAUGUUGUUUGAAAGCUUGUUUAGCACCCUGCAUUAAGUUGUCAGAUUCGCAGUGAAGUAGCUAGAUUGUCAUGCACCUUGUGCAGGCUACCGAUGCGGACUGUGUUGUAGAAUGAGCUUUUUGGCUUGUGGUGUGGAGGCUCUCUGCAGGUGAACAUUGCUGUUAAAUAGUGUACAUGGGGUCAUCGCACUUGUAUUGACCUUCCAUGGAUGCCUGUUUUGGCAUGUGUCUUAUGUUCAGUUGCGCACAUGCAGUUGUGUUGCACCUGUGAUGUGUACAAGACUGCAUUCUUUGGUGGUUCUCAAGGUUUGUGUCACACUAAUCUGAAGGAUCUGAACGGCCCCGUUGCAUAGCAUGCAGUUUAGGUCUCCAAUUGUUUAAAACAUAGGCAGGUUAAACUGCACUGUGUUAAUGUAAUGUACGCACAUGGUGGCUUUCAUUGCUUUUUUAUUUGCUUUUUUCACUUCCGCAUUACCAGUUUAAACAUGUGGUUUACCUUGAUAACUUGGACUGUGUGUUGUUGCUAGUAUUUGGACAAUGCAGGGCAGUGCUGUUUCUUGCUGUUGACCAUUGAAACAUGUAAGCAGCACCUCUUUUGCAAAUGAACCACGCAGUUGAAAGCCACUUUUUUUUCAUUAAUUGCUCAAUGCUGCAGUAAGGUAUGCAUAAUUCGGCAGUUAUUGAGCCUACUGUAUAUAUGUGAACUAGAUAUAGAUUUCAUUUGCUGAUUCCAGGUAGACAUGCAAUGUGAAAAAAUCAAGUUAUCAGUCAGUCAAAUGAGGUGAUUUAGCGUAAACCUCUGAACAUGCAGGUUUUGUUUUGUGCUGCACAAAAAUCAUUGCUGAGGUGGUAUUAUGCUUUGGUGUUGCAUGUGGCAUGAGCAGCAAGUGCAGAUGGCAUAAGCAAGAUACAAUACUGUCUUGCUAAUAUUGGUCCUUUCUAAAGAGCUGCACUUGCAUCAAAAUGGUUGUAGGCUAUCUGUUGUGGGAAUUAUGAAGGUUAAUAUUUUCCCGCGUCCUUGAGACGACACUGUCGGGGCAAAUAUGCUGCAAGAAUCGGUCAGUACAAAAUUGGGUCAGGAUCACUUCUCUAGAAGUUUUAUAUUUUAGUAAUUAGCAGAACAGUUGCUGCUUGAAGAGCCACCUUAAAAGGAUGUGGCUUGUCAUGGGAAUUUUGUUGUGUUCACUUUAUUUGAUGACAUAUUUUCAGUGCUCAUAGUUUUGAGCCUUGUAUAAAAGCUGACUUUUGUGAGAACUUGUUGUGAAACCCGAAUAUUGUUGUGUAAUGAUUUGUGCUUUUUUUUUCCCCUGAUCUUGAUGGAAGAUACAUGGAGCUGUCGGUGUAUGUUCGGUGUGCCUCCCACAAGGACGUCCAUGUGAGAAGUCCAGUUGUUGGACGAUAAUGUGUGAAUGUAGCACAUACUUUUUGUGUUCAUAACAUAAUGGCACAUGCGUGUUUUGUUUCUGUGUACUGUAUCACUAUUGCUUGUUUGUAUCAUUUUGUUAUACUUUUUGUGCAUAACACCAUUGUUUCAUAUUACAUAUAAAAUAUGUACUGCAUAACUUCCGUUGUUGCAUGCAGGCAUUUCACAAAAUGUGGCUCGGCUUCUUUUUUGCUGCAUUGUACCAUUUAUCUUGCAUGUUUUCCUCUGUUAUGCUUUUUUGUUGCUUCAUCAUCGCUUACUCCCUAUAAUCUGUCCCAGAUUCUUGCUCAAAUCAGACACACAUCAUAGGCAAUCUUAAUUUUUAAAUUUUUUUUCGCUGCUCAGUAGUUAGGGCUGUCACUAAGCACUGGUUCGAUGAUUGCGAGGAUAGUUACAGUAAGCCCUGUUAACUUGAAAUGGCAUGUCUCAGUACAUUGGCCAAGUUGGAAGGUUUUCAUAGUGCAGCGUCAUCUCCAAUAGGCGCCAUGUAUUUUUCACACCCUUAACUUGAAAGUUCUUCCCUGCUCACUCCAGAUAUCCCUGCUGACCAAAAAGGACCCCUACCUGGGGUAUCCUUGGCAUUGCACAAACUUGAACUCUUAACACACAGUAUAUGUCGCUAAAAGCACACACAUAUUGCUGCAGUAACAUUAAAAAAAAAAAAAUUUUGUUAGGCUACUGAUGGGAAGCAAAGAAAGAAGAACAGGUGGGAGUUUACAAAGGCUGUUAAUAAUGUCCCAUCUCCUGAUUACAAUUUUUGAGCCCCUUUUGGCAGGCACUUCUUUUGAACAUUUAGUCAAAAUUGACAGUGGAGUGGAAGUCUGUGGUCAUGUGGUAAAUUAUUAUUAUUAGUAGUCUACUAGUAAGGACAUGACUGCAUGCUUGAACACCAUAUACAGGGUACUUGAUAAGUGUUUCUGAGCGCAGUGAAAGCUAAUGCCACAGAAGUGCUGCUGCGCAAGGCUACUGCCUCAAGGCCAUUUAAAUAAAUAAGCAUAGUGCGCGGCAUGACAUGUCAGGCAUCAUUAACUAGAUACACCAGCUGCAUGAUCCUGGUACAUAUAUAGUUUAGAAUUGGCAAUGUGUAGCCAAUGCUAUGAAAUUUUGCUUACCUAAAAAAAAAAAUAACCACUUAUCUCCAAAUUAAAAAAAAAAAAAAUUUACCACUUCGGGCUAAAGAGAGGUUACUGUACAUAGAUAGUAUGAGUAAAUUCGGUUUGAGCCAGAACAGGACGUUCAAAGGAGGCAAGAAAUUCAAAUUGCGAAUUGUUGAGUCCGGUGAAGGUAAGCCAUUCGACUAGCAAAUAAAUGAUUAUUGUUGUCUGCCAGAAAAUGCAGGACACAUAAAUAAUCGAAGGCUUGUAAGCUUUUGCAAUUUUCUUUUGCAUCUGGCAGGUGCAGAAGGGCCAUCCAAAAUACAUUCAAUUUGAUUUUGUAAAAUACAUUAAAGUGAGAAUACUUGGCUGAUCACUAUGUGCAGGUGUUUAAGUCUUUGGGGGAAAAUAGGAGAAAGUAAGGCUUCCCGCAUUGCACUGGAUGUUAUGGUUAGGGUGUGCACUUUACCUCUUCACUGCUAAUCCUCAUAGUCUGUGUGGUUAGUGCAGUUCAGAAGUAGAUGCACAUCUGGCCUCUUACAUACGGCACCCUGUUGGAACACCUGGGAGGGUGCGUUAAGACAGCUUUGGUUAGCGACAUAUGGCUCGAUUCAUGCUUCAAAGGUUCCUCAGAAAGUUGCCCAUGGGAUAAGGAAUUUGGCACGACUAUGGGCUUUGUGAUCAUGGUCUGAAAGAAACUUCUUUUGCAUUUUUCUCAAAGCUUUUUCAAAUCAACACAUGCAUUGUUAGCACUUCACAAUGCUUUAGCACACGCUAGAGCAUUGAAAUAAAAUAUUGUUUACCCAUUGUUUUAAAGGCGCUGUAGUGAUUGGCUUGAGGCCAGCAUUCUCACAUGCAGGUGAAUGGGAGAAUGUUUCGUUUUCCUUGCUUGCACUUCGAACUUUGAUAUUGAAUAGGUUUCUUUUAGACACUGCUUCUUUUAGUACAGCUUUGACCUGAUUUGCCUUGGUUUUGCUUAUUUGGUCCCUGUAGAGUAAUGGACUCAUGUGGCAUGGUUCUGACAUUCAGAAGACAGCCAACAAAUGCCUCACAUUUUUUGUUUUUAUCUGCCUUUUAAAUAUUUGCUUCAGUUUUAAACCAGUGAUUCUAAUUAUUCAUUACAUAAAUGGUUUUACAAGAAAAUGAUUUAUCGCCAAGUAAAAUGUACUGCAGUCAUGUGUACGCUUGUUCUUGCAUUGUUACUUGCAGUAGUGACUCAGAGGCAUCAAGCUAUUGAGUCACCCCAGUGAAUCGAGCUGGAGUGGUGGAACUGCUCCAUUGGUCGAGGGGCUAUGGUAUAAAAGUCUGUAUUGCAAAAAGAACGAAAAGAAAAGACAGGUAGAUUAAUCUGGACAAUAAAGGCCUCUGGGAGCGGUGAAUUGCUUUUCUGCUGGUUGCCAAAUUUUGUCCUCUUCCAAUAAGAGUGCAUGCAUUGAUGUUCACAUAGGGCUGUGUUGGUGCAGGGCACUUUUUUGUGCCAGAACACCAUUUGUCAGUUCUUUAGGUAAUAUUCUUUACAUGCUUCAUUGGAGCCAACACAUUGGUCUCAGUGUGGCAACAUUGUGUCAGUGACAAGCUAAGAAAACCUUCAUAACUGUUGUUGAAGUACUGCAGUUAAUCCUGUGCACCCUGCCAAGUUUGCCUACUAAAUGCACGUGAGGCUGCUUUCAUUGUGAAAGCACUUUAAAAAAGAAAAAAUUGGACAGUCUUCAAGCAUUCUAAUUUUCUUUGCACAAUAUGGUGCACUGCUUAUCAAAAGAGGAUGGUGUUACCCUGCAGCAUGCCUUUUGUUUGUGUAUGGCUGGGUAGCCUGCACAUGCCUGAGAAUGCAUUGCGUGGACAGUCAACAGGCAGGGUAACAACCUGCUGUGCUUAGCCUUAAGGUGGUGUCAUGUUGGCACCUGACUGGUUUAAUGACAUUGAUGGAAGUUCCUGCAUAGACACAAAGUAGCGUGCAAUACUUGCAAUUUCGUGCUUGUUACUGAAAGUAAAAUUCUUGCUUACAGUUGAAAGUCUAACUUGCAACAGAUUUCUAUCUCUGCUGUUUAUAAAGUUCUUUCCUUUUUUUUUUGUUUUUCUAUAUCCAUACAGUUUGCAACUCUGAAGUCCCAUAUUCUUAUUUGUCGUUUUGCUGUGGGAACCAGUAUUUUGUGACGUCUGCGCUGUUAUGGAUUGUGAGCACAAAAAGAUAUUGAAAAUUGGAGUGGAUGUAUGAAUUCACUGCUGAGCUAUGGAUUGUACAAGAGUGAAGGAAAUGUGAAAGAAAUUGUUUUACUUGUCGCAGUGAUGAGAGGCACUCUUCCACCCACACACAUAGAUAUGAACGAACACAAAGGCUGAGCACGUGUACUAUGCCUGCUCGCAUUGUUGUACGUACUUUAUAUUAUUUGCCAACAUACAUGCCGUCAAGAUGACCAUGUAUGUCUAUCACUUAUCGAUUUCGAAAUUGUUAAGAAAGGUCAGGCUACGCCCCGUUUUAUAUCACUCCUGUUGCAUUUUCCAGCAUCUGCUAUUGUGUGUGCAUCAACCCUGUGUAAUUACACCCUCCUCUUAGCAUUACAAACUGCAGCCAGAUUCACAAAGUUUUUCAUCAUAAGGACUCUAUCGCUGGCCAGUCCAGUUGCUGUUCUCAUUUCUCAAUCAUAAUUGGCUAGAACUCAAUCUUGCAAUUGUCUUUUUUUUUUUUUCCCUACCAACAGCUGCGUGAAUGCAAGCCCUGGUAUUUUUACAGUGUACUGCUUGCAUGGAGAUGCCUUGAGUGCAGUUAUAAAAGAAACGCUUGUUUUUGUGCCAUACAGAGCUUAGCGCCACUGCUGGCUGUGGCAACCAGUCUAAUAUUUUCCACACACUGUUCAUGCACUCAAAUGCUGCUAUGGUUGUGUCAUCCUGGAAAGAGGAGUGGAAGUUUUGUAGUCAUAUACUAGCGAGACGAAUUUCUUGAUGGGAAAACUUAAGGGUGGGUAACCAGAGAGAAAAAUUGGAAAUGUUUAUAGGAAAGAAGCUACAUCCAUAAAAAAUACUGUUUCUGAUCACUUGCCUCACCUGUUGACAAUUUUGAGGUACAGUGUGUGUCACAAUUACAGAGAAUGGCUAAUACUCACUCCAGCAGUUGUCAUAUUUCUGGUUAGACAGAUCAGCUUUCUCAACAGAUGUGUGCCUGCCUGCUAUGCUGGAUCACUCUACCAAAAUGUGUCUGCCUACAUCCCAGUUAACCCCAUAGUUUUCCAUGUUUUCUGUACAAUUCUUACACUAAUGAUAAGGAUUGCAUAGAGAUGAUACAGAAAGCAUGCAAAACUAGUGGACUGCAUUUGAAAAGUUUCAGUUGUGCAGUGACUUUCGUGCCAGGAAAACCUGUUGGGCAGAACAUCAUUAGCAUCCUGUUAAAUGUGACAUUCACUGUGCCACUCGGCUUUCCAUCAUGUGAUCAUGCAAGACUGUUAUGUAAGGACUAAACUUAGUGCUAACUUUUCCAAUUUUGUUGUGCAUACAGUUGUGGCAUUCACGCUGUAGUUAAGUGCAGAGGCCUCUGAAAGUUGCUUGUGGCCUUUAUUUCUCCUGGCUUCUCUAAUACUUUAGCAACUAUCUCUAUUACUGUUGCAACUACCUUUACAUGUAUUUUUGUCCACAGUCUUCUGCUACAUGCCCAGAAUGCAGUCUACGCUUGAAAGCCUGGAGUUAAAUAGUGUGUGUGUUUGUGUGUAUCAUGCUCUUCUACCUAGCACUGAGACACUUGUGCACACUAUUACACUUACCUGUAGCUACCUACCAUGGAGAGAUGCACCAACUCAUAUUUUUAAGACAAGGGGGUGUUUUUAAGACAUUUUAAACGCUUUGCUGUGUAUAUAGACAAUGCAUAAUUUUUGUUUUCGUCUGUAACUACACUUAGCUGGUUGUUACUAGGGGCCGCUAGGAUUCCUUGCAGAAAGCGGUUGAUGGCGAGAAGGAAAUAAAAUAGUUUUUUUUUUUUUUUGCCUCCUUUUUCUCUUGGCUGUUUGCAUUGUGGAAGUUUAUGGGUCGAGAAUUUUGCUUCAGUGAAGCUUCAUAACAGGAGGCCCACUAAGGCAAAUCAUGUGGUUAUUGUGACCUGCUGUGUACACUGUCGUGUCAUCACAUGUGUAAUGCUUGCGGAUGUUCUCUAGUUCGUUUUGCUUUCCUGAUGAAGCCAGGCUGUUGUCGGAAGCCUGAGCCUGCUUGCAAGAGGAUUUCUGCAUUAACAUUAAUUCAUUUCUGCCAAGGCUAUUUUCAUGAAAACUUCAGUAAUAAUCACAAGUCGGCAAAAGGUUGCUAAAACUGUCGGUUGUAAAUUUCCUGAGGGGUAUUUCAUUGCCCGAACACCAGAUAUGGACAACUCACAUAUUCAGUUGAAAAGUGGUAGUGGAUGAAGCCAAAGGAAAUAUAUAAGAAGCAAGUCCUUUCUAAUUGACACAGCUGUAUAACCAGUCAACCUGUCAGUCGUUUCAUGGACGAGCACGAGGUCGUGGGUUCGACUCCAAGCUGCAUUUUGAUAAAGGCCGAAUGGAAGAACCUGUGCUUGGUGAGCUUUUGGUGUUCAAGAUUAAUCUGGAGUCGGUCUAAUGUGGUGCCGUUGUCUCUGCACUGUUUCGGGAUGCAAGACCCCAUUAAUCGAUCGGUCGGCUAUUUUAUAACUGUACCAUAUUGGUCCUCAUGUGGAACUCAAACUUGGCACCCGCACUCUCUAGCAUUACCUGCUACCCAGGCAACAAUGUGGUCAUAUAUUUCUAAAAUAUUUGUCAAGUGGAGGCUGGUUUAAAUUUUACGCAGGACGUCCGAUGUCAUGUACAUAAGCAGGGGUCAUGUAAAAACCUGUGCCUGUGCCAAGAAACUAUAGGGUUGCUGGACGAAAGAAACCCUCUUGCAAGCAGGCUUUGGUAUUUCUGAUGAAAUGAAGAAACAGGUAGGAUUGGGUGUGCACAAUUGAAAUCACUGAUAAAAAAGACAAAGAGGAGGUCACGUCUUGCAAGUGCCAAUUCUGUUUAAUACUUGUUCUGUUUUCCCAUGGCAUCAAACUUGAAGUAACAAUCAAGUCAGGAGAUGUAAAUAGAUAUAAUGGUUAAAUGUAUGUUUAAAAAACCCUCUCCAUCUGAAGGGGCCAAUAAGGAAAUUGUUUUACAACCCCAUAUGAAGAGCAUCUUUGCUGACAUUGAUAUUGCUGUUUGUGUGUUUUUCUGACGUCAUUUUUUUUUUUUCUUGUUGCUUCAUGUUGUUCACAUUGUGCAUGGUGAAGUUAUGUUUAGCGGUGAGAAAAAGUGUGUUGAUAUGGCAGAUCUGUUUUAUUCAUCUUUCCUGUUUGAGCUCUCAAAAUCAGCAUUUUGGAAUUGUUUAUUGCUCUCUCUUUUUUUUUUUCUGUGAUACUUUUUCCAAUACAGAUCUUAAAUGCAAAGAAGGGUAUUACAUGUGUGAGUCAUAUUUCCUUUCCAUUUAUUUCGCUACUUGUGUUAUUAUCAUGUUUUAAUGCUUAAUCCAUUCAGCUUAAGGGAAAAAAAAACUCAUGACAAUUGAUAUGUACAGUGCAUGUAAGUAUGAAUAAAUUACCCUUCAGUGCAUUGUUAA